AGUCGGAGUCUCAUUCCGCCACGGUCCAGCCUGCCGGGAGGGGGUUUCUGCUGAACAGCUCUACAUUAGUCUUUUCAUUUGGAAAUAGAACUGAAAGUUUAUAUUUGUAACGAUCAACUUUUUUUUAUUUAUUAAAAGUAAAACAACAGGUCUACGUUAUUUUACAUUUAUUCGUCGUAAUUUGCAGAGGAAAAAAAUAGCUAAUUUUGCCGUUUGAGAUCAGCCGGUGGUGCUAACAAAGAAAAUUGUUUCUCUUCAGUAAUAAUCCCCCACUAUUCUCUUUAGUUAUGAGUCAUGUGGUCGUUGAUGAUCCACACGGUCUAGAUCAGCAGCUUGCUGCCCUAGACUUGAACCCUGACGGUCAAGGCGGAGGAACUGGCAGACGCUACAUUCCACCUCACUUGAGGAACAAAGAUGCUGCAAAAAACGCAGGAAAUUCUUAUUCCGCUGGUAAACAGUGCGGUUAUUCAGUGGCACCAGUAAAUUUCUAUGCCCCUAAGCAGUGCCCCCAACCAUGGCAGGCUGACUGCCAGCCAGUGCAGGGAGCUAGCUGUCCUACAGGAUGGGAUGACUGUACCAUGGGUUACCCAAGACUGGCCUCUCAAGAGCUUGCCUUUUACCAUGCCUACAGUGGCGGCUGGCGAAACCGAUGCGAUUCACCUGGGUGGGACGGAGGACGCACCAACGGAUUUGUGAAUGGUUUCCAUGACAACCGUACAAAUGGGGGUUUCGGAGGGCGUGGACCCCCUCGCAAUGACAGAGGUGGGCGUGGCGCCUACCGUGGUAACAGGGGCCGAGGCUCGUUUAAUCAACCAUUGCAAAAUACAGGGUUUGGAGGCUACGAAAACAAAGACGGAGGCUGGGGAGGAGCCCCUAGAGACGCCGCCUACAACAGCUUUGGAGGACGCAACGAUCGGUCCAAGUCUGCGUUCUUCAACGACCGUGGGUCUGGCUCCAGAGGAAGAUACGAGCGUGGGGGGUUCGGUGGUGGUGGGAACAGCCGCUGGGUGGAGGAGUCCAGAGGAGAAGACGACUGGUCCAAGCCUACUGCACCCAAUGAGCGUCUGGAACACGAGCUUUUCUCUGGAAGCAACACGGGGAUAAACUUUGAGAAAUAUGACGAUAUUCCCGUGGAGGCGACUGGAUCGAACUGCCCACCACACAUCGAGAGUUUUCAUGAUGUGGACAUGGGGGAGAUCAUCAUGGGGAACAUCAACCUGACCCGCUACACCCGGCCCACUCCGGUCCAGAAGCACGCCAUUCCCAUCAUUAAGAUUAAGAGAGACCUGAUGGCCUGCGCCCAGACGGGUUCUGGUAAAACCGCUGCUUUCCUGUUGCCGGUUCUGAGUCAGAUCUACACAGACGGGCCAGGAGAUACUCUGCAAGCCUCAAAGAGCAGUGGACAGGAGAAUGGACGGUACGGCCGUCGUAAGCAGUACCCCAUCUCCCUCAUUCUGGCUCCAACCAGAGAACUGGCUCUGCAGAUCUACGAUGAGGCCAGGAAGUUCGCCUACCGCUCCCACGUGCGUCCCUGUGUGGUGUACGGCGGCGCCGACAUCGGCCAACAGAUCCGGGACCUGGAAAGAGGCUGCCAUCUACUGGUGGCCACACCGGGACGUUUGGUGGACAUGAUGGAGAGAGGCAAGAUUGGUCUGGACCAUUGCAACUACCUGGUUCUGGACGAGGCUGACCGCAUGUUGGACAUGGGCUUUGAGCCGCAGAUCAGACGCAUCGUGGAGCAGGACACGAUGCCGCCCAAGGGCAUCCGCCAGACCAUGAUGUUCAGCGCCACCUUCCCCAAAGAGAUCCAGAUCCUUGCUCGUGACUUCCUGGAGGACUACAUCUUCCUGGCAGUGGGGCGCGUCGGUUCCACAUCAGAGAACAUCACGCAGAAGGUUGUCUGGGUAGAAGACAACGACAAGAGGUCUUUCCUUCUGGAUCUGCUCAAUGCCACAGGUAAAGACUCCCUGACUCUGGUGUUUGUGGAAACAAAGAAAGGAGCCGACGCUCUGGAAGACUUCCUGUACCGCGAGGGCUACGCCUGCACCAGCAUCCAUGGAGACAGAUCUCAGAGGGACAGAGAGGAAGCUCUGCACCAGUUCCGCUCUGGACGCUGCCCAAUCCUGGUGGCUACAGCUGUGGCUGCUCGAGGUCUGGACAUCAGCAACGUGAAGCACGUGAUUAACUUCGAUCUGCCCAGCGACAUUGAGGAGUACGUUCACCGUAUCGGCCGUACGGGACGUGUGGGCAACCUUGGUCUGGCCACGUCGUUCUUUAACGACAAAAACAGCAACAUAACCAAAGAUUUGCUGGACAUCCUGGUUGAGGCCAAGCAGGAGGUUCCUUCCUGGCUGGAGAGCCUGGCCUACGAGCACCAGCACAAGAGCACCAGCCGCGGACGUUCCAAGAGCAGGUUCUCUGGUGGUUUUGGAGCCAGAGACUACCGCCAGGCAUCGGGUGGCUCCGGAGGCUUCAACAGCAACCGCUCAGGACGCAAUGCUGGCGGUCACGGAGGAAACCGUGGCUUUGGUGGAGGUGGCUUCGGCGGCAACUUCUACAGCGACGGCUACGGCGGAAAUUACAACCACUCUGGUAGCGUAGAUUGGUGGGGGAACUAAACACCAUAGGAACAGGUUGUCAUGCCAACCUGCUGGAAACCACAUGUUAACCUAAGCCAGACCAUAACAAACCCUCCCUGUGUAGCUCCACUGACAGACAGUACAUUACAACCCCAGUUCUCUGCCACCGGCUUCUUUCCCCUCGAAAGGAAGCGCAGCACGACGCAAAGAAAAUCACCAGCACGUGCCGACCGCCAGGGGGCGCCGCAGAGAUUUUGCACACCACAGAACGAGCAUGGAUGCUUACAUGCACUGUCCGACCGCAACCUCGGACUUUUCAUUGUUCAAAAAAAAGUAUUUUUGUUCUCACUGCGGGGUCCGCUACCCCGCAAACCGGGUAACCUGAGGAUUAUUUGUAUGUUGAUGUACUGUGCCUUUUUGAAUUUAACCAGGAAAUAUAUGUUAUUUCACCAGAUGAACAUGGCCAAGAGCUCAAAAUUAGUUUUAAAGAUUUAGUUUGGGGAAAAAAAAUAGUCGUUAAAAAAAAAAAAA